AUGGCCUUAGCAAUCUCCUUUUCCUUCCUCCUAGUCUUCCUCUCACCCAUCUCUUCCUCUCACCCCCAAAACCUCCAAUUCAUCUUCGAAGGAUUCAAUAGAAAAGAAGCCAAUCUGACCACAAAAGGAGCUUCAAUAAUUUCCUCCGGUCUCCUCCGCAUCACAAACCUCUCCGAAAACGUCAUAGGACAAACCUUCUACCGAAAACCCAUCAAAAUGCUCACCCCAAACUCCAAUACUUCCUCGUCAUCUUCUUCAGGCCCCACAGCUUCCUCUUUCAGCACCCACUUCGUCUUCGCCAUAGUCUCUCCUACCCCUGGCCGUGGCGGCUUCGGCAUAGCUUUCACAAUUUCACCUUCGACCAAUUUCCCGAAAGCCGAGGCCGGUCACUAUCUCGGACUCUUCUACUCUGGAAACGACGGAAACCGGUUGAACCAUAUUUUCGCGGUAGAGUUCGACACGGUUAAUGGACUAAACGAGAAUUCUGAUUCGAAAGGAAACCAUGUCGGAAUCAACAUCAAUAGCAUGGUCUCCAACGCGUCUAAGCCGGCAGGUUACGUUAAAGAAGGCUCGGUGUCGAACGAAGAAGAUUUGGAUUUGGAGAGCGGAGACUUGAUCCAAGCUUGGGUAGAUUACGACGGUAAAAACAAGAUUAUCAAUGUUACAGUGGCUCCUAUUAGGGUUGAGAAACGACCAAGUACGCCACUUUUGUCAAUCGGUUAUGAUUUGAGCGAUGUUUUGCUUGAGAACAUGUUCGUUGGUUUCUCUUCUUCCACGGGAAAGAAGUCAAGCUAUCAUUAUCUUUCGGGUUGGAGUUUCUCCAUCAAUGGACCAGCCCCGCCAUUAAAUCUCUCCAAACUUCCAGCCCCACCAAAGCAAGAAAACUCUUCUUCUUUCAAACUAAGUACCAAGGUCUUGAUAGCUUCUUUAUCGGUUAUUAUCGUAUCCCUUUUUGUUAUUCUCUUUUGUCUCACGUUAUACAAGAGAAUUAUGCCCUUCGAGAGGCUUGAAGAUUGGGAAUUGGAUUGUCCACAUAGAUUUUGUUACAAGGAUCUUUAUACUGCCACCAAAGGGUUUAAGGACACUGAGGUGAUCGGGGUCGGCGGAUUUGGAGCCGUUUACAAAGGAGUCUCGCCGUCCACCGGCUGCGAAGUUGCCGUCAAGAAAAUCACGAGGAGCUGCCAAGAAGGAAUGAAGGAGUUCGCGGCGGAGAUCGAGAGCUUGGGAAGGUUGAGGCACAAGAACUUGGUGAAUCUCCAAGGUUGGUGCAAGAAAAAGAACCACCUUCUUAUUGUCUAUGAUUAUAUCCCAUAUGGAAGCUUGGACUCCCUUAUUUUCCACCCCAAAAACGACUUCGUUUUGGGGUGGGAACAAAGGUUCAAUAUCCUAAGAGGUGUGGCCUCAGGGCUUUUAUAUCUUCACGAAGAAUGGGAACAAGUUGUGCUUCAUAGAGACGUAAAAUCAAGCAACGUUUUAAUCGAUUCGGAUAUGAAUGCUAGGCUUGGAGAUUUUGGUCUGGCAAGAUUGCAUGACCACGGUGAAAUGUCGCAUACCACUGGAGUUGUGGGGACAAUUGGGUACAUAGCCCCUGAAUUAGCCCGCAUUGGGAAGGCCUCAACAAGCACUGAUGUGUUUGCCUAUGGGGCUUUGCUUCUCGAGGUGGCAACUGGAAGGAGGCCCAUUGGGCCCGAGCAUUUUGUCCUGGUGGAUUGGGUCAUGGAGUGUUAUCAUUUGGGCCGGCUUAUGAGCGCAGUGGAUCUGAACUUGGGCUUGGGUUUUGUUGUUGAGGAGAUGGAGUUGGUGCUCAAAUUGGGCCUUCUUUGUUCUCAUUACAAGCCUGAGGCCCGGCCCAGUAUGAGGCAGGUAAUAAGGCAUCUGAAUGGGGAGGAGGAGAUUCCGGAGAUUGAUCAUUGGGGUCUUUUUGAUUCUCAGAGUGUGAAUCAUUUUCACUCUAGGUUUAUGCAAGGGCUUUCCAGUGACAAGAUCACGUCUUAUAGGUCAUCCUCUCUUGGGGCAAUCUCUUAUGCUUCUUUAGAUGCUGGCAGAUAGCAAUGCUUUCAACUUUCACCCUUUUCUUUCU